AUGCGAGCUGUUGUGUUCAAGGGACCUUAUAAAGUCGAGCUGGAAGAGAGGCCAAUACCACAGAUUCAGGAGCCAACGGACGUCAUCGUGAAAGUUAAAUAUACUGCCUUAUGCGGAAGUGAGCUCCACGUCUUCCGCGGCCAUCAACCAUCGCCCACAGACAUCAUCAUGGGCCACGAGUUCACCGGGACAGUAUGCGAAACAGGCUCUUCAGUCAGCACUGUAAAGAAUGGGGAUAUGAUCGUUUCGCCAUUCACCGUUUCCUGCGGCAAAUGCUUUUAUUGUGAGGCUGGGUUCUCAUCACGAUGCGAAAAGUCUCAAGUAUACGGCUCCACGAUUCUGAGUGGAGGACAGGCGGAGUAUGUUAGGAUUCCAUUGGCUGAUAGUACAGUGGUCAAAGCACCAGAAGGGAUUGACGACGUUAUGCUGUGUUUGAUGGCCGAUAUCUGGCCAACUGGUUAUUUUGCUGCUGCUAAUGCCUUUAAAGGGAUCGAAGCCGAGAAGGUCGGUAAAAGUACUGUUGUUGUGAUCGGAUGCGGACCAGUGGGCCUUUGCGCUUUGAUCAACGCUCUGGAUUAUAAGCCCAAGCACCUGCUCGCUGUGGACAGCGUACAGAGUAGGCUGGAUCUGGCAAAGAGCCUAGGAGCUGAGCCAUGGAAUUUCCAGACCGAUAGAGAAGGCUUGGAUAGGAGAGUCAAGGAGCUAACAAAUGGACGGGGCGCAGAUACUGUGAUCGAGGUGGUAGGUUUGAGUGCGGCUCUGCAGACAGCUUUCGAAUUGCUUAGACCUUGGGGCAACAUCUCAAGUGUUGGUGUACACAAUGGGGAAAUACCAUGGACGGGUAAUCAGGCAUACGGAAAGAACUUGAGAGUUCAGAUGGGAAGGUGUCCAGUCCGAAGCAUUUUCCCGCAAGCUUUGGAGAAGUUGCAACAGAAGCAACACCUGCUGGAUUUUAUGGCAGACAAAAUCAUGCCUCUGACCCAGGCAGUUGACGGAUAUGAAAUAUUCAAUAACAUGAAAGCACAGAAGGUUGUUUUCGAAGCAGACAAAUAG